GUCGCCAUGUCCUUGUCUGAUCAACCUCCGUCAUCUGAUGCACCUAAAACUGCACUCUGCUGAAUGUGUAAACAUCGGGAAAUGUAUCCAUCCACGCACUGAAUGACCUACAUCUUAGCCAGACGGGCUCUUGCCCAGUCGGCAUCAAAUGGCGAAUGAAACACCGCAGAGAAAUCAUCUCUCCCUGAUCCCCUACUUCCCCGCGGAGUCAAGCGAAGUCGUGUUACGUCAUGGAUCAUCAGUGGUGGUAUACGAUCAACGAUCGAAGCAGCUCUCGCUGCAAGAUGCCUCCAAUUCAAGCGCUGUAGAGCUUGCCGAUUGUCCCUAUUGUCAUCGGCCACUUCGAGGAGAGGGAUACGACGUCGAUGAUAAUGAAGAGGAAGAUGUCCAUCCACCGACGCCCGGUCCUGGGUCGGAGGCACAAUUCAUGAACCCCGCGUACUUUCGCAUGCUCCAUCAUAGCGGUUCCUACUCUGGAGAGACGUCGAGGCCGCCAUCCCCUCACCGUGGAAUCACCGGGACCCCUUCGGGUGUCCCCGAAGACAGGAAGCGGACGCUUAGAAGCUGGAAUAACGAUGUCGGUCAAGGGCAACAUCAUCUCGUCCCACCGGAGGGCUCAGAAUUCGUGGGAAGCGCACCGCAGAGUCCUCCUGGUCCACAUCAUAUCUCUUCCACUGCGUUCAGUCAGAACUAUUUCAAAACGUUCUUCGUCGAGGAAGGCGAGCUAGGCCGUGGAGGGAAGGGAGUGGUGCUCCUGGUACGUCACGUCCUGGAUGGCGUUCAUCUCGGCCACUUCGCCUGCAAACGAGUUCCAGUUGGAGACGAUCACGAAUGGCUGGAGAAGGUUCUGGUGGAAGUACAGCUUCUCCAAAACCUUUCCCAUCAGAACCUCGUCUCCUAUCGACAUGUGUGGCUGGAGGAUUACAAACUCACUACAUUUGGACCCAGCGUCCCAUGCGCAUUCAUCCUUCAGCAGUACUGUAACGGUGGUGAUCUGCUUCAUUACAUCCUGGAUCCUGCAAAAACUCAAGUUACCACACAACAGUUGAAGGAAAGGAUGCGGAGACGGUCAAAAGGCCAGCCAGAGCCACCCCAUGACCUGAACGGACCUCGAAGGAUGCACUUUGAUGAAGUGUUCUCAUUCUUCAAAGAUAUCACCGCAGGUCUCCACCAUCUCCAUGCAAACGGCUACAUUCAUCGAGAUCUGAAACCUAGCAAUUGCUUAUUGCACAAAACCGGUUCACGAAUACGAGUCUUAGUCAGCGAUUUCGGGGAGGUUCAAGCCGUCAAUGUAGCCCGGAAGUCCAGCGGAGCGACUGGCACGAUCUCAUAUUGCGCACCAGAAGUCCUCCGCCGCGAUCCAUCCACCGGCGAUUUCGGAAACUUCACGACCAAAUCCGACAUCUUCUCCCUCGGCAUGAUCGUGUACUUCAUGUGUUUCGCCCGAUCACCCUACCGUAACGCCGACAACAUGCACGAAGAAAACGAGAACGUCGACCGCCUCCGCGAGGAGAUCACCCUAUGGCCCGGCUUCAAUGACUCCCAGCGCCUCCGCGCCGACCUCCCCGACAAGCUCUACAAGUUCCUCCGCCGCCUGCUCUCCCUAGACCCGAGUGCACGACCGGGCACCGAAGAAAUCCUCCACGGCAUCGGCGCCAGCUCCGAGUUCGAAGAUCACCAAUCCUUCCCCACCGGCCCGUUCGACGACGUGCGCUCCCGCAUCUCCUCCGCGGACUCACCUGCCGCUGGUUCCCCGCUCCGCGGACCACGAAAACCCCAAAGCGCGACGACCGCCUUCCACCCGGCCCCUCGCUCUCCGACGCGACGUCGCGCCUCGAGCCCGCUCGUCUCCCCUGAAUGCCCCUCACCCCAGGCGAUGGAACGCAGCGGCAGCCUCGGCAGCGUCGUGGUGCGGCCGCGCCUGCUCUCUAAAUCACCCUCGCGUUCCCAAUCUCGGUCCCGGUCCCUGUCUCCGGGUGCGAGCGGCGCCGACAUGGCUCGCCAGUCGUCGACGCAGAGCGCACGACUCAUGCUCCCCGCCCCACCGCGUACGACGCCCCUCUUUGAAUUCCCGCCGUCGCGCCUGUCACCGGUGCUGCAGACGCUGAGCUUGAGCGUCAAGAUUGCGUUCUUCCUGUUCAAGUACGUCUCGCUCACCUCGCCGUGCGCGCCGUACUCGGUGGAUCCGAGGAUCGCGUAUCCGCUGUUGGCUGUGGCUACGCUGGAUUUGACGCUAGGGCUGGUGUCGUGGGGCAUGCUUGGGUCGAUAGGGUUGCUGGGAGUGCAUGUUGCGGUGGUAAGAUGGGCGUGGGUGGGUAGAUGGCUCUGCAUGCGUGGUGCUGGGAUUAUAUAUUAGAGUAAGAACAUGAUGGGUAGUAUAAUCGGCGUUUGAGGCCGUUCUGGGUACUAAUGAACGCUCCAAAACUUUUAUAUUGCGAUAGGAGACGCGCCAGGCAUACUACUACAUCCCCCGGCUCAAUAGAUCUCGACCAAUAAUAUUUCAGGUACUUCAAUGAAAAU